UCUUCCACCAACCUCUCCUUCUCUGUCACACAGAAGAAAUAGAGAGAGAGAGAGAGAGAGAGAGAGAGAGAGGGAUCGUCAGGUCGAGUAUAAAACCCGAAGCAAGUCGAUGCAUUGAAGAAGAAGCAGCAGCUCGAGAGAGAGAGAGAGAGCGCGAGGGAAUUUCGGUUCUUGUGGGGGCUUUUGCAGGUGCAUGGAAGCCUCGGCCAUGCGCGAAUCUGAUGAUUCCGUCUUCGUCGACGUGGAGAAGAUCCCUCUCGGUGGGAAGGGUUUCUGUCGUAUUCUGUCGAGAAUGCUGAUGAUGGACUACGUCGAAUGAGGAUAAAAGAACUAGAUUUCACAGCAUUAGGAAUUCGACUAGGGAAUACAGGAUCAGAGGGAAUGGAAGUGGGGGAGAUUGAGCGGUGUUCGACAAAUGAUUUCUUAACGAGUCGCGAAAUUUUGCAUUUUGGGUUCGCGGCCUAGGGAAAUUGGGAACAUCUUAUACGCACUGGCCGUGGUCCUGUAUCUGUAAUUGUCUAUGGAGAGCAUGACAAGCCAGCCCUCAUAACUUAUCCGGAUAUAGCCCUGAACUUCAAGUACUUCCUCUUGUUGAGAUUUAAGGCAGUUAUGAACACAUCCAUUGGCAUUUUUUAGAUCUGUAAUAAAGGAAGGGAAAAGUUCAGCAUGUUCCAGGAUGUUUCUUGCUUCCAAGGAUUAUUCUUCUGCCCCGAAGCAUCUUCUUUGCUGCUCCACAACUUCUGUGUUUACCACAUAAGCCCACUUGGACAUGAGUUGGGAGCUGCAGCAAUAUGUCACGACAAUCCAGUGCUCUCUGUCGAUGAUUUAGCGGAUCAAAUACUUGAGAUUCUCAACUAUUUUGGGCUUGGCACAGUUAUGUGCAUGGGUGCAUUGGCUGGUGCUUACAUUCUCACUUUAUUUGCGAUGAAGUACAGGGAACGUGUUCUUGGUUUGAUACUUAUAUCUCCUUUUUCCGGACACCCCUCCUGGUCUGAAUGGUUUGGCAAUAAGGUGAUGUCACAUCUUCUUCAUUACUAUGGAAUGUGCAACUUGCUAAAGGACUACUUGCUGAAACGCUACUUCAGUAAGGAAGUUCGUGGCGAUGCACAUGUUCCUGAAUCUGACAUAGCUCAGGCUUGCAGAAGAUUGCUAAAUGAGAGGAAAAGUACAAAUGUUUUGAGAUAUCUUCAAGCCAUUAACAGGAGGCAUGAUCUUACCAAACGCCUGAAGAAACUGAGCUGCCGCACUCUUGUAUUUGUUGGAGACCAUUCUCCUUUCUACGAGGAGGCUCUUCACAUGACAUCUAAGAUUGAUAAAAGAUAUUGUGCUCUUGUUGAGGUCCAGGCCUGUGGAUCAAUGGUGACAGAAGAGCAGCCUUAUGCAAUGGUAGUUCCUAUGGAGAAUUUUCUCAAAGCAUAUGGGCUAUAUAGGCCAUCUCUGUUCAGUAGUAGCCCGAGAAGCCCGCUCAGCCCUUCUUGCUCCUACCCGGAACUUCUCUAUCCCGAAAAAAUGGGCUUGAAGCUCAAACCGAUAAGAACAAAACUUGCAUCAAAAUAGAAGCCAAGGUUGGUGGGUGGAGUCCAAGCAAAAACUUGAAGGCACUAUAGCGAAUCUGUUCAUCAAUCUUAUUUCUUGCUUAGUCAUUUGGUUAUGUAAGAAAGGUUAGAAGCUGCUAAAAGGGGGUUAGAUAGAUAGGAGAGGAAUUUUUGUGGGUACAUAGGGAGGAUUCUUUGUAUUCAUUCAUUCGUAGUGCACCAUAAUUGGAUCAUACCAGACCUAUCUGUAAAUGCACCAAGGGGCAAAAGUUCGAUCCUUGACAAGCAAAUAAACAUGGACAGGAACACAUAUCAUGCAGUUCUGCUUCUCAAAAA